UUUUUCAGUAGUUGCAAUCGUUAGGAUCAAUCAACUUUCGCCAUGUCUGCACUGUGUCCCAACCGUUCCAACCAAGAAACCGUCCAACGGGACCACUACGUUACCACAAUAAAGGGUCAGAAGUACGAGCUCACGUGGGCCAUCAACCGGUUCAGCGCAUGGUCGGCCCGAGCCGAGAGCCGCCAUUUCUUCGUUAAAUUUCCGAACAGUCCCGUAGCGAACAUUCGAUGGAUUUUGGUGUUUAAUCCCAAAUCGCGCACUGAUGAACGGUACUGCGCCGUUUUCCUGAGGCUGUUUUCCCCGGAGGAUUUGCAGAGGACAGUGCAAAUUACCUACGAUAUUGCGCUGCUGGAUUAUAAAAGUAACGUGUUCUAUAGAACAGGCAAGACAGCGUCCCCGAUUCCAGUGACGGUCAGGGGUGGUGCGGGCGGUAACGCAAUCAAACGCGAAACUUUGCUCGAGAAGCUAUCUCCUGGGGAUAAGCUGGUGAUCAAAUGCACGAUUGAAGCCCAUCCGGAGAUUGUGACUAGUGCUGUGAAGGAAUUUAAGACUUCUCUACCGGAAGCCUUGCCCAGCAGCUUUUCCAAGGAUUUGGAGUUGCUGAUCGGUGACGGAAAGUUUGGCGACCUCACGAUGAUGGUCGACGGGGAGGCGGUUCAAGCCCACAAGUGCAUCCUGACCGCGAGAAGUCCCGUGUUUGCUGCCAUGUUCGAGCAUGCCAUGCAGGAAUCGGUUGAAAACUGUGUCGUCAUCGAGGAUGUCGAACUGACGGUGUUCAAAGCCCUGCUGCGAUACAUCUACACCGACAAGGUGACCUGUUUGGACACAAUGGCUCAGGAGUUGUACGCGGCAGCCGACAAGUACGGCAUUUCGACGCUGAAAAGCCUGUGCCGCAACAGCAUCUUGGAGAAGCUCUGCCCGGAAAACGCUGCCGAUACGCUGAAGCUGGCCGAUCUGCACAGCGACCUCGAGAUGAAGCGAUACACGCUGGCGUUUGUCAGCGGAAGCGUGGCAAUCAAGGUCACGAAAACGGCCGGCUGGCAAGACAUGGCCAAGACACAUCCGCACCUGGUUGGCGAAGCGUUCGAGGCGCUCGCAGCGCGAAUUCCCUUUCGUUGAUGGAAUGUGAUUGUUAUCUGUUCGAGAUAACUGUUAAAACGAUUUUUACGUGCCUAUCCGUAUAACAAUAAAAUUGAUUUGUUUUAAAAACAUC